ACAAAACAUCAUCAGGAAUACAAACGAAGAUGGCAACAAUGGGAGCCUCAGCGGCUUCUUCAAUCACUAUCUUUUUAGUGCUUUUCAUAUCUCUUACCUUUCCUUCUAAAACCGUAGCAAAUGGCUAUUUCUACGAUUCACCACCACCACCAAAACCAGUGUACAAGCCUGCACCAGUGUAUGACCCUCCUACACCAGUUUACAAACCUCCAGUGUAUACUCCUGUUUACAAGCCUCCAGUGUACAAACCUCCGGUGUACAAGCCACCUGUCUACAUCCCAGUGUACAAGCCACCAGUUUACAAGCCACCAGUCUACAAGCCUCCUGUGUAUAAGCCUCCUGUCUAUACCCCAGUGUACAAGCCACCAGUUUACAAGCCUCCUGUGUAUAAGCCUCCUGUCUACACCCCAGUGUACAAGCCACCAGUUUACAAGCCACCAGUCUACAAGCCUCCUGUGUACAAGCCUCCUGUCUACACCCCAGUAUACAAGCCACCAGUCUAUAAGCCUCCUGUCUAUACCCCAGUGUACAAGCCACCAGUUUACAAGCCUCCUGUCUACACCCCAGUGUACAAGCCACCAGUUUACAAGCCACCAGUCUACAAGCCUCCUGUGUACAAGCCUCCUGUCUACACCCCAGUAUACAAGCCACCAGUCUACAAGCCUCCUGUCUAUACCCCAGUGUACAAGCCACCAGUUUACAAGCCUCCUGUCUACACCCCAGUGUACAAUCCACCAGUUUACAAGCCACCAGUCUACAAGCCUCCUGUGUACAAGCCUCCUGUCUACACCCCAGUAUACAAGCCACCAGUUUACAAGCCUCCUGUGUAUAAGCCUCCGGUUUACAAGCCACCAGUUUACAAGCCUCCAGUAUACACCCCAACCUACAAGCCCCCAGUGUACAAGCCUCCCGUUUACAAGCCUCCAGUAUACAAACCUCCUGUGUACACCCCAACUUACAAACCCCCGGUUUACAAGCCCCCCGUUUACAAACCUCCUGUCUACAAGCCACCAGUUUACAAACCUCCGGUAUAUACCCCAACUUACAAACCACCCGUUUACAAGCCCCCCGUUUACAAGCCUCCAGUUUACAAGCCUCCCACCCCUAUUUACUAAGAACUGGUGGACACCUCCACUUACCCUAAUUCAUGAUCCUAUCACCACCACUCACCUUCUACAAAUCACCGUCCACCCGCUCUAGUUUUCAAGACUUCAAUAAUUUAUGAAGCAUCUCGAUCUCGAUCAAUAUAGAUCAAGUAUAAGAAAUACGAACAUAUAGAGAUGUUUCAUUUUAUUUUAUAAGUAAUUUAUUUAUGUGUCAUGUGUAAGUUCGAGCCAUUGAAGCUCCAUGUUGCAAUAAUUUCAUAUAUUUUCUAUUGCUGGAAAUUAUGAGCUUUGUAUUUACAUUUUGUUAGAAUUUGAAUGAAAGUGAUUUCAGAAAAAGAAGAAAAGGUUUACUGUAUUUGCUA